AUGCGAGAUAGAUCGCCGCCCUCCUACACAAACGAUGUGAUGUUCAACGUUACCUUUGUGAAUCACUACAAGGCUGACAUUGACGGAUACUCUGUGCCUUUUUCGCUGAUGGCUGAGUCGCUUCUUUCUGUUCACUCAGAUGAAUCAGAUUUCAUUUCCCUAUCUAGGAUCGAUGUUGUGAAAAUGCACUCUUCUGCUCCACAUCAAAUGAUCUUCACAAUGCAGGUCAUUCAUUCUUUUCUACUACUCGAUUAUGACAGGAAAUGGAUAUUGACGGCACCAGAGAUUUUCCGCGGAAUCACUGCAUAUGCUGAUUUGAAGUCAUCACCCACUGUGGCUUUGCGGUGGAGUCGCGUUGCCGGCUUGGCGACUACCGUCAAUGAAACAAAAACCAGUCCUGGCGUACGAUUUACCUGGCGUGGUCCUGAUCAGAAAGCAGUCGCCACUCAGAGGCUUCGUCCAUACGAUUCCAUUCGAGGGAUGCAAUUUGCUUCAUUGAAUUUACAGAAACUCAACACCACAAAUCUCAAACCAGGAAUGUGGAAUGUCGUCGUUCAAACCGGUUCUUUUGGACUCCUAGUGUGCAUGGAACGAAAAGCAUUGCGCUUUUUGCUCGGUCAGUUAGUGCGCUCAGCACAUCGGGUCAUUCGUGGAGAUGCCGCUGCUAUUGGGGAAACUGUAUCUCUCGUUGGCUCAGUGAACGAAUCAAUGGUUGGGGAGCUGCCUCCGGUGGAUUUAUGCGCAGCUCAAAUGUCUCCCGUUCUCUAUGGACUUUUGUAUGAGUGUCCCAAUUUGCACUGCUCGGUCUUUGGAUUCAGUCGCUCUGGGGAGAAGAUUCCUUUACACGAUCAUCCCACCAUGCAUGGAUUUGUUACGGUUUUGAGAGGAGCGCUCAAGGUGAAGUCGUUCUCCUUCCUGGAUGCUACAGGGAAACACUGGUCAGGUCGAACCAAGGUGCGCUACGAAGGAGAGCGAACAGUGAGACAAGGAGAUGGAUGCGUGCAUUUAAAUCCGGUGAAAGGUAACAUCCACGAAAUUACUGCGCUAGAAGACGGGUCAUUUUUCUUCGAUAUCUUAGUGCCGGGAUAUGGGGACUCAAUCCCAUGUACUUACUUUGAGGCACCUGAGAUUGACAUUCGUGAAUAUGGUGAUCCCUGUUUAUUGAGCCGUAUGAGUAAAGAAGCUCUGAAUGGCCCAGUGGUGCUUCAGCUGAUCAGAUACAGGAAUGUGUCGCAGCCAAAAGUGAAGGAAGAUGUGCGAGGAAGUAGCGAUAUUGCUAGGCUUUCUCUCACUGAUGGUCACACUUCCAUAUCAGCUCUUCUUUUGGAAAAUAUCAAAGGUCUGAAGUAA